UCACACAGAAAUGCCCCAAGUGCUCUAUAAGCUGCUUUGCAAAUUGCAUGGGAAAAUGUAACCCACCACUGAACAGAACUGCACCUCGUCACGGAAGACGGCAAACAGCUCAUUAUGGACAAGGCCAGCCACCAGAAAUUCUGCCAUGGGAAAAAAAGUCUUGCUAAACGUGCUUGCUAAAUUACUGCAGACAGCAAUUAUCGCUGCUUUGCAUUGCUCCUCAGAUACACUUUGUGUGUUAUCUGGGUGGGAUGAAGACCGCAGUGCUGCCAUCCCAUCUGCUCUGUAUGGAGGGAUUGGAGCUCCCAGAAACAUUCCCAUUAUAAGCCUGGAGUUGGCUGCAAUGAGACCAUCCUCACCUGCAGGGGGACAACAUGGACAUAAAAUUACACAGCACGUUCUGAGAUGAUCAUCUCACUGUAACUACAAGAUGCGUCCUCAGGCUUCAAUAAAUCACUGAAAAAUCAGUGACCAAAAAAUCAGGAAGGAGCAGAGACAAGUUUACUGCUGGAUAGAACAGGUUUAUCUUUGGCAUCAUCUACGAUGGCCACAUCAUCUGCCCUGCUGCAGGCUUAAAAUAACAAAAAAAAAAAUCCAUGGUCUCUCGCUACAAAAGUAUGGUCAUUGCUGUUCAGACAUUUCUUUGAAGAAUGAUUAUAAAUGUUUGCCAAUAGCAGUGUUUGCCAAAUUUCUAAGAACACGGAUGUAUACCAAUAUGACCAAUCACUUACAGGAAAAGCAGACACAAAUGAUGCUGCACUGCUGCGAACGCACAAAGUGCCUCAAGCUUCAUCUGUCUAAGGACUGAAAUGAACCAAGCACACAGACGGGAGGGGAAUUUACAGCAAGCUUUGUGCGUUCAACUCUGAUGGCUGAAAGCUGACUACAGGGUUGUAUGGGAUUCACUGAACCAUUUUCCACCCCUGUUAGCAACAAGUCAGUCAGAAAAACUAAAAAUCUCCUUAAAACAAAUUUCCACUUUGCAUGUCAGUAGGGAUCUGUUUACUACAGGUAAUGACACCUGGCUGACAAAAAAAAAACAACACACUGCUUUAAACAUUUUUCACUCUCGUUUUGUUAAUCCCACGGAUGUGAACUGCUGACACACCUCAGCACUGUGCCCAUCUCUCUCCCGACUCCUGGUUCCUCACUCUGCAGGCUGACUACAAGCACACCACCCCCCUUCACAAGGCAGAGUAUUACCAGACGUUAAACCUAGUGCAGUGUGGGGUUUUUUGUUUGUUCAGCUUAGACACUGCCGAUGGGCUCAGAGCAAGGAGCAGCUGCAGCAGAGCUGGACGUGGGGCUCAGGGCCGCAUCUGUCCCACAGCCACAGCCCAGCAAUCCCCAGCUUCCAUCACUCCACACAUUGCGACUUCGUUCAGGCACCCACGUAUCUUCUCCCAGCUUUACAUUUUCUGUUUGGCUGCCAGAUUCCAAUCGAGGGUUGCAAGGAGGGAUGGCAGCCUCCUAACGCUGCAGCCCGACGCCCAGGGGUCUGUGUGGGAGCACAGGGGACCCCGAUGUCCCGCAGCCCCCCGGCUCGCACUGAGGGGAGGAGUGAGGCGGGAAGGGGACGCUCCAAGGGGAGGAGGGACAACUUUAGAAGUCUCCAUAUGUCUUUUCCUUUCAGGAAACACAUCCUGUUCAUGUUUGACUGCCGUGGCAGCGGCUCUGUUUGUUGCAGUCGACUACGCCCUGAGGCUCACCAAAAACAGCCACAAAAACAGCCAUUUCCUCUGAGUGCAGAGGUGGGGGGCGGGGGGCAGACCUUUUCCUCACGGCACUCCGCGCUCCAGCCCCCACCGCUCGCAGCGCUGGUGCUCGGAGAGACGCAGCGGAGCAAAUUCCUCGAGAUACUCCAGGCUUUCCUAGCUCCUUGGGAUGAAAACAUUCGUCUGGAGUUCAGCUGGGCUUUAAGGAUGCCAUCUGUCAGCAUUCGCGGGAUAUUCUGAAGCGCUCAUCCGAAGGACACCGCGAGGAUCCCGCGCCCCGGGGUGCGCUGGGCACGCUGCCGGCCGGCACCCAGCGCCCGCGCUCUGCCCGCAGCCUGGAUCCCCACAGCGCCUGCCUCGGCUCGCAGGGAAUGGACCUCCCCGUCUUCCAGUUCAUCACCGGCCUGGCACUGCUCAUCAAGGUGCAAGAAGGUGGAUAAGCCAACGCUGGGAAGGACAGAAACUUGAGUAAGCUUCCUGGUGUUCUUAUUUUAUGGAAUUAUCCUACCUACCUCACAAAAUUCUCAUUUGCUUCUUCAGAAACACCUCUGGAGUUGACUUUGAGAAUGAACGGUGAUGUCCUCUAGCCACUCAUAACAUCCUAUCCAAGCUGCCUCCAUUUCAAGCCCCAUUUCAAUGUGCUGCAGCUGACUGAGACCUUGCGUCUUCUGCUAAUAGAGACUGGCAGCGGGCUGACAGUCAGAUAUGACUGUCCAGAAACUGGUAGCUACAGCUGUGUUGGUAGCCUUGGUCUCACUUAUUCUUAACAACGCGGCUGCCUUUACUCCUAACUGGGUGUACCAGACCCUGGAAGAUGGGCGUAAGCGCAGCGUGGGGCUCUGGAAGAUGUGCUGGCUGGCAGAGAGGAGCAAGGCAGGAGCGAGCACGAGCAGCAGGCACGGGCAAGGGGAGGAGCGCGAGUGCGAAGCCCUGGGCUGGGGCUCGGAGUCAGCCGGGUUCCAGGAGUCUCGCAGCACUGUCAAAUUGCAGUUUGACAUGAUGCGCGCCUGCAACCUCAUCGCUACCGUUGCUCUGACUGCUGGCCAGCUCAUCUUCGUCCUGGGCCUGGUGGAGAUACCCAUCAUUUCUCAGGAUACCCAGUGGUGGGAGGAGGCCAUUGCUGCUGUGUUCCAGCUUGCCAGUUUUGUUCUGGUCAUUGGAUUGGUGACCUUCUACCGCAUCGGGCCGUACACCAACCUCUCGUGGUCCUGCUACCUGAACAUUGGAGCCUGUCUUUUGGCCACACUGGCAGCUGCCAUCCUCAUAUGGAACAUCCUCCAUAGGCGCGAGGACUGCAUGGCGCCGCGGGUCAUCGUCAUCAGCCGCACCCUGACCGCUCGGUUCCGCCGGGGCCUGGAGAACGACUACGUGGAGUCGCCGUGCUGAAAGCGUGGACUUGCAAGGGGAAAGGUCUCCAAGGAGAUCUGCGAUGGUGUUUUAUAUAAAUAGAUGCUAUAAUUUAAAACUAAGGGUUGAAGGACAUCACGAAGCUCACUCUUGUGGGCAGAGGCCCUCAAUUAUUAUUUGGAUGGGCUCCAUCUAUAUACAUAUGUAUAAAGCAUAUAAUUUUAUAUAUAUUAUAUUGCCCUCUUCCUCUACUGUACAGCGCAGAAUAUUGGGCUGUCAGAAUCCUGACAGCAUCACAGCUGUGUGUCAGCCAGAGCAGAGAGAUCCGAUGAGACCACAGAGGAGAGACGACCUAACAUUUACUGCCUGGAUAAAGUUGUCUUGCUCCCUUAAUAACAUGGAAAGCUUUGGGAGACCGGUGAUGACCAGCUUUCCUUUGCAAUUAACAGGCAGUCUGAGAAAGCAGAAAACUCACUGUAGAGUAAGUGAUGAUUUUUAACAGCUGUUAAGAUUUCAUGGCUUUUUAGCCUUCCAUCCCCAUCCCAUUCAUCCAUUUCAAGGAACUUCUCAUUAACUGCAACACCUACUCUUUUCAAGCCACAUCAUAAAGCAAGAACUACAACUCUAAUAGCUCUAAUUGGUAAAGGAAUGCAGAAGAAUUCAGCUGCAUUUUCUCCAGACACUGCUUUCUUCACCCUAAGAGAGAGCUUUGGGUUUAUCCUAUGUGUAAAUAGAUGCCAUUAAAAAUGAAAAGGGCAUGCCACUAGAACAGGCCUUACACGGUGCUGACAGUCUCCUUCAGUGUUACACUGUGGGCAGAUCUACAGAAGGCGGUGACCUGGAUUCUCUCAUAAUCAUAGAUACUACUGAUUCUACUGAUACUACUUCACAGGAAAUUAUUAGUAAUAAUCAAUAUUUCAGCCCACAUAAGUUUCUUCCUGGCUUGCUUUAACUUUUGCCAGGUAACUUCCAGAUUAGAGUGCUAUGUUAGGACGUCCAGCUCUGCCCAGCAAUGCUCAGAGGCACCUUAUAGAAUACUGGAGACAGUACCUGCUACUGCAGCACAUAACUGGAGAAUAAGACAAACAUAGACUUUGCCAUGAGAUAAAGCAUCUGUCCGUUAACUUCAUAUGGUAAUGAAAGGAAAAUUAGUACCUCCAGAGCUAGGCACGAUGCCUGUUGGCCUCACAAGGGCUCACAAGGCAUGCAUGCAGCCUUCAGGAAGAAAAAACAACGGGUCAAAAACUGUUAUGCCAAAAUACUUCAGACACAGCCGCAACGACAGACGUUUAGGAGUUGUCAGCAGAGGCUCCUCUGAGCACUUCCUGACAGAUCUGAAGGGCUGAGCUGUGAAUGUGAGCUGUGAAUGUCACAGACUGCACGACGCUGUCGUGUUGCUCCCAGCCAAAACACUGCUCCUCUUUGCUGUUAUUUUCACCAUAGUUCGCCACACUUAGAACGUGAUCAUCAAGCUGGCUCUUGAAUUCUGUUCUCAAACUCAGUUCUGAUGCGAUAAGAAACUCACCCCCAACUGCUACUCUGCAUCAUGUUCAUAGUCAGCAACCCUGUGCAGAGACUGAUGCUCCAGAGCAAUUUAUUGUUCUAGACUAUCAGCACAGAAUACCUUCAUGCUGACAAAGAGUUUCUUCUAACAGUAGGUUUGUAAAAACCAACUAAAAUUUGUAUUCACUCGCCUGCAUUACUUCCUGGAAAAGCUCUACCUUUCCUAGAAGCAACAUGCUAUGAUUAAUUGCAGGGAUUUUUAAAAAUUAAACUAUUUGAAUAUUUAAAAGACAUUAUAUUAUUUCUUCUAAUAUUGCAAUAUCCGUAUUAUAAUAAUGUACAUUUAAAUUUAAAAAUCAGCUAUGUGGUCAGUAAAUUUGUAAUACUUGGUAUGACUGUGAGUAUUUUAGAUGUAUAAAUAAAAUUAUGAAUGUUCACUCUC